GGUCUGGGGCAAACUGGGAGGGAUUGGGGAGCACUGGGAGGGACUGGGAGCACUGGGAAGGGCUUGGGAGGGGAACUGGAAGGGACUGGGAUGGACUGGGAUGGAAAAUCCCUGGUCUGAACUGGUCCACACUGGUCCACACUGGUCCAUACUGGUCCAUACUGGUCCAGACUGGUCCGUACUGGUCCGUACUGGUCCCGCAGGAGUUCCCAGGCGCGGGGGUGCCCCAGUUUGAUUUGCUGCUGCUGGGGCUGGGCCCGGACGGUCACACCUGCUCGCUGUUCCCGGGCCACGCCCUGCUCCAGGAGCAGCAGGCCCUGGUGGGGUUCCUGGAGGACUCCCCGAAGCCGCCGGCGCGGCGCGUGACGAUGACGCUGCCGCUGCUCAACGCCGCGCGCUCCGUGCUCCUCGUGGCCGCCGGCGCCGCCAAAGCGCCCGCCGUCAAGCGGAUCCUGGAGGGCCGGGAGGAAUUCCCGCUGCCGGCCGCUCGGGUCCGGCCCCGCUCCGGCCGCCUCCGCUGGCUCCUGGACCGGGAAGCGGCCGAGGAGCUGCGGAACCCCCCGGGAAAAAACCCCGGGAAUCCCGGAAUUCCCGGGGGAAAGAAACCGGGAGCCGAAGAUCCCCACGGGGAGUGACGGAAAGUUCCGGAACUGGGAUUCCCCCUGCCGGGAAUCGGGGAGUUCCGGUGGGAAACGUCCCGGGAAUCGGGAAUUCCGAUGGAAAAAACCCUCAGGAAUUGGGAAUUCUGAUGGAAAAACCCCCCAGAAAUUGGGAAUUCCGAUGGAAAAAACCCUCAGGAAUCGGGAAUUCUGAUGGAAAAACCCCCCAGAAAUUGGGAAUUCCGAUGGAAAAAACCCUCAGGAAUUGGGAAUUCUGAUGGAAAAACGCUCCAGGAAUUGGGAAUUCCAAUGGAAAAUGUCCCAGAAAUCCAGAAUUCCAUUGGAAAACCCCCCAGGAAUCGGGAAUUCCGGUGGGGGAUUUUAGAGCUUGGAAUUCCAAUGGAAAAACCCCCCAGAAAUCGGGAAUUCUAUUGGAAAAAUGUCCCAGAAAUUGGGAAUUCUGAUGGAAAAUGUCCCAGAAAUCGGGAAUUCCAAUGGAAAAUGUCCCAGAAAUCGGAAAUUUUGAUGGAAAACGUCCCAGAAUUCGGGAAUUCCGAUGGAAAAUGCCCCAGAAAUCGGGAAUUCUGAUGGAAAACCCCUCAGAAAUCGGGAAUUCUGAUGGAAAAAUGUCCCAGAAAUCCGGAAUUCUGAUGGAAAAACACUCCAGGAAUUGGGAAUUCCAUUGGAAAAUGCCCCAGAAAUCCGGAAUUCCAUUGGAAAACCCCACA